UCCACAUCAGUACCAACAUCCACUACCAGAGAGUCGUGAUGGCGGGUUCAGGGUUGCAGGUUCUUGGACUAGCUCUCGCGCUGAUCGGAUGGAUCUGCGACAUCACGACGUGCGCGCUGCCCAUGUGGAAGGUGACCGCGUUCAUCGGGCAGAACAUCGUGACCGCGCAGACCUUCUGGGAGGGCCUGUGGAUGAACUGCGUGCUGCAGAGCACGGGGCAGGCGCAGUGCAAGGUCUACGACUCCAUGCUGGCGCUCCCCCGGGACCUCCAGGCCGCUCGCGCGCUUGUCAUUAUUUCCAUCCUGCUCGCGCUUGUCGGGCUCGCGCUCGCGGUGGUCGGCGGCGACUGCACGAACUGCGUGGAAGACGACUCGGCCAAAGCGAAGGUGUCGGUGACGGCCGGUGUGUGCCUCGUGGUGGCGGGCGUGCUAUGCCUCAUCCCGGUGUCCUGGUCGGCCAACUCGGUCAUCACGGACUUCUACAACCCGCAGGUGGCGGACGCGCAGAGGCGCGAGCUGGGGGCGUCUCUUUUCAUCGGCUGGGGUGCCGCCGCCCUGCUGCUCCUCGGGGGCGCGCUGCUCUGCUGCCGCUGCCCCAAGGCUGAGUACCGCGGGUACUCUGCCAAAUACACUGCGCCCAGGUCAGCCGCCAACAGCACUGGAGCUUAUGUGUAGGCCUGAACCCCUCAGCCUGGAUUGGAACUGACUCUCCUCCAGGGUGCUGUAGGAAGAGACUUGAUUGACUAAUGUAUUUUAAAUUAUUUUACCUAAUAAAUUAUGCUGUCUUGCAUUGUCCUUA